AUGCAAUUGAAUUUAGGAAAUUUGGUCAGUUUGGCGGCCGUUGCCGUCGUUGGAGCUUUGCUCUCGCACCUGGCAGCCUGGGUCCGAUAUCACCUGAAAGUCCGCAAAAUUCCUGUGGCUCAUGAUCUGGGUUUGUGGGACAGGUUGCUCACCCGUAAGGCUCGGGUGGAGUUUGCCACAGACUUCGAAGGUCUGUCGCGCAGGGGGCUGGCAAAGACAGACUUUGGAGACAUGAUCAUCCUGGGAGGCCACUAUGCAGAGGAGAUGAAAGACGACAGAGGACUAUCUACUGGCGAGUACACCAAGAUGGAACUCAUGGGUGACCUUCCGGGCUUCGAACCGUUUUCCUUCGCGGGAACUCACAGGGAGCUAAUGCACACAGUCAUCACCAAGAGGCUGAACCGAAUCCUGCCCCGGCUCGCAAUGGGACAGUCAGUGGAGGUCGCAGACUUCCUAAAACAGAAAUGGACAGACUCCUCUGAGUGGCAUUCUAUCCCGCUCUAUCAGAUGCUCAUGGGCUUGGUGGGACGAGCAUCUGUGUGGGCUUUCCUUGGCCCUGAACUCGCACGUAACGAGCGAUGGAUUGAGCUAAAUGGCCAGUACACGAUGGUCGCGAUCGGCGCCGUUCACGCGCUCCGACCGUGGCCACGUGCCCUCCUGCCGCUCGUUCAACAUUUCGUGCCCAAGGCGAAGGCGGCCAGAGCAGUAUUAGCGGAGUGCAAGCAAAUCAUGGAACCGAUACUUCGGAAAAGGGCAGAGACUAAUAGAGUCGACAACAAGAGGUCUGAGGAGUCAAGCAAUGCCCUGGAUUGGUUCGAAGAGGUGGCUGCCAGCCUCGGAGAGACAUACGACCCCACUGUGGCACAAUUGACAUUUGCAGUGGCAGGCAUGCAUAGCACUGUGGACCAUCUCUGCCAGAUUCUCAUCGAUCUGAGAGAUAAGCCUCAGGUGGUGGCUUCCCUAAGGCUAGAGCUGGUUGAGGCUUUGACCGAGGAUGGAUGGACUCAGGCGGCGCUCAUGCAGCUGAAGUUGAUGGAAAGUGUCAUGAAAGAAUCUCAGCGGAUGAAGCCUAUCAAUCGCGUCAUCAACAAGCGAAUCGUCACUGAUGAUCUCAAACUAAGCAACAACGUCGUCCUGCCAAGAGGCGCAUAUGUGGCCGUCUCCGGUGAGCGGAUGUGGAACCCAAGCGUCUACGAUGAUCCAGAGUGCUAUGAUGCCUACCGAUUCAUAAAAAAAGCCGAGUCCAACCCAGAGGCAGCGCGAUUCACCAGCUACACAGCUGUUACCCCAGACUGUGUUGGAUUCGGCUACGGCAGGCACGCUUGUCCCGGUCGUACGUACGUGACUCAGGAGAUGAAGGUCAUCUUGGCUCACAUACUGCUCAAAUAUGACAUGCAGUUUCCGGAAGGGUAUCAGCCUAAGGGGAUCAAUGCUGGCUUUGAUAGUCUUACUGACAUCAUGGCCACAUGCAUGGUCAAGAGGCGUAAAGAGGAAAUCAGUCUACCAGCUUGA